AUGCCAAUUGAAGGUUUAACAGUUGAUAGAUUAGAAUUUUUAACUCAAACUUAUUCAACGAGUCUUUCGAUAUGGAAAAAAUAUGUUAAGUUAUGUAAACAAUCAAAUAUUCUUCCAAAAGACUUUUUGCAUGACAUUGAGCUCUACAAAAAUAAUGAAACAUUAGAGCAAACUCAUUUCUAUUUUGGUGUAACAACGAUUGUGGAUCGAAUUCAACAAGAAAUAAUAGAUCAGUUUCGUGAAAUAUUAACUGAAAAACAACUAGCCAAGCCAUCGAAAACGGUGCAAUUAAAAAAAUCAAACAGAAAAGUGUGUGCCAAAUGUGGUCAAUCAGAAAUUGUUCAUAUAUUUAGUAAGGCGUGCGAUAAUAAUACAAUUAUUUAUCCAAAUGGAAAAGAGCAAUCGGGCUAUUUACCUGAAAUACCUGGUCUAUCAUGCAGCGAUGGUUUAAUGAUUGAUUUGUGUGUGCCCUGUGGAUGCCUCAUUGGAUAUGAUGGUCAACAAUGUCAACAGCUGCUAAAUGAAAGGAAUGAAGAUGAAAAUGAAAUUUCAUCGAUGUUAGAACUAAUUUCUAGCGAUGAUGAAGAAAAUGAAUGA